AAUUAUGUGCCGGACCUUUGGGCGCUUAUUUGACUGUUUCGCUCGAACCACCGCCAAGUCGACGCGCCACAGUCCCGCAAGGUAAGUCUCUCAUAUCUCAGUCAUUUCUUUGCCUGAUAAUUAAACUUGAAGGACAAUUUGAACUUAAGGUUUCGUAGGAACUUCGCCACCAGUAAUAUGCCUAAGAUGUAAGCAAUAUAAUAUGUAAGUUUCAUUCCUCAGCAGCUUAUUUCCAUCUAGCUUUUGCGCUAGACCGGGCUGCCGUUAUCCCUUUGUUGGAUCCAAUGCAGAGAGCCAUCGGAAGGAAUACCACUCAACGGCGCAUAACUUUCGGUAUAACGGUGCGUUAUAGUGGCUGGUAUUUUACCUUCAGCUGUCUAAUAUUGAAUCUGCCAGGUAUCAAAGUCAAGGUACUUCGUCGACUAGAUGGCAAACUGCCGUGUCCAUGUAGCUCGGAGCUACAUGCUCGCUACAGCUUCAAGAAGCUGACGGCCCUUACUCGGCUCCCUCAACAUCCACCGCCUGAAGAAUCGCCCCACGCGGACCACGACAUUGCGGGGAGGGAUCCUUUAGCAGACUCAUCCCUCUCCAAUUCGCCACUCUCAGUCGAUGGACCCCCUGCGUCUAGGUCUACCUUGGACCCCUCAACACUCAGUAACACUCCAACCUCGCCGCCCUUCACUGCAGACAAAAUCGCGAUGGAAGAGUUCAACGCGCCUGAAGUAACGAUGGAAGAGGUUGUCGAAAAAGGGGCAGAUGGUGAAUAUGAGGUGGGAUCCGAAGGGAUUAGCGACGGAUUCACCUGCCCAAGUGGCACUUAUGAGGGUACGUCCUGUAUGAUAUUCAGCCCCGGAAGGUUUUGUUCAACCAAAAACUCCGUAGAUGAUCAGCGCAGUAACGACGCCUCCGAAUCUGAAGAUGACCCUCCGGAAAUAGUGGAUGAAGAGGACGAGACAGAGGCCAUGGACGUCGACCUCCCCUUGACCGUUGUCACACCCCCGCAAGCCCACUCUCUCCUUGCGAAAUUCAACAUCGCCGUCGAGCCCGUAUACCAUCUCUCGAUCUGUACUGAGUGUAACAAACCAGUACCAUUCGACCACAUACGCCAACACCAAUGGAUGCGCCAUUACAAAGGACUCAACUUGCCCUUUGAACUUCGACUUCCAAAGAAAAUCGACAUCCUCUCAAUGCUAGUGCUCCUCGGAGCUGAUCGUCCUGAGGCCGUCCCACACGAAGCAGUACCUCGCAUCCAAGGCAUCGAAACCAUCCAGGGGUAUAGGUGUUUGAACGAGGGAUGUAGUGGAGCCGUUUUCGGGAAGAGCAGGUCACUGCGGAGACACCAUACAGACGUACACCCAGACGUAGAAGUGGGUAACCGUCAGUCAAUCCGAGUCUGUUGUCAACCCCUCUCCGUAUUUAGAAAGAACCUGCGUUACGUCGAGAUUAUUCCAGACCCCGAAAUCAAAUCUUUAGCACUCCUCGCGAUUGAGCACUCUGCCUCCACCUGCAACCUACUCGAAACCUCCCAAGUCUUCAACGUAACUUCCAAUGAACGCGAAAAAAACGCCGUGUUCGCACAAUCCCGCUGGGAUGAACUUCUCGAAGGUGUUAACAUAACAGACCUUAGGAAAACUAUCUCUACCCCUGCUUCACAUGCACUCACAACCUUCGAACGUCUCCGUUCAGUGGCUAGAGAAUAUUAUGAGGAGGUUAGUAAAAGUAUCAGUCAGAUCCCAGUACUCGUUCGCAGGUACAUCGCGUCGAGUAACCCAAAUGACCUCAAACACAAACCUUUCCGACGCCCUCAGGAGGUCAAAACUGUGAUUGAAGAUGCAUAUCGCACAGCACAAUUCGUCGCGUUCCUCAUUACGACGAAUCAAUUCCCCGUCGACUCCUUUCCCGUUCCACUUCACCCUUCUUUGGAAGCCCAACUCAAAACUCUCGCAACGGAACUAGCUGACGAAACUUGCUCAAUCUCACACCUCAAGAACACCUUCCAUGAAACCGUUUGGUACAUCCUGUCACGCCCAAGUGAUGAAUACAUCCGACACGAGCUUAUGUGCCCAUUCACGCGUUUCCUUAUUGCUGUUAACCUCAAGCAGUCUGGGAGCUUUGUCCGGGCCUCGGUCAUCCCGCCCAUCAUAGCUCAGCCUCAGUGGUGCUUCAGAGCUACCGCGUUAAAAGAGAUCUUGAAUCGUUUAUCGGAUUUUAAUGGCGAUCCGUUAUUGACCUACCAGGCCGUCGUUCAAAGAUUUAUCACAGAUGGCCACUCCGUUCUCUUCACCACUCUUCGACAGAAUAUGAAUCUGUUUCGAGCACUGGCCACUCGUCAACAAGGAUUAGCAAGAUUCAAUUGGAACCUAGGGCGAACUGUCAUUUCCAUCGACGGUUUUCCUAUCUCCGUCUCUUCCUUUGUUGAGGGCGUACAACGUACGCUUGUAGAAGUUGAGGCAAAUAUACAAGUUCUCUUUUGUGGCUGCAAAUUCGACGACAUACUGCAACACAUCGACGAAGCUUCAGUACCUCAUAAGACAGGACAGCCCCGGUGGUUCAGAGACCGUCCGACCAAGAAUGACUUUCGCUACUCAUUCUUCGAGGAAGCAGAGAAUGGGUUUGAGAUUUUCCGUCCACGCCUACUCACCCACAUAUCCAAAGACCCCAGGUUUUUUACCACAAUAGACAAUCAAACCGUGCCCAAGAAUGGUUCAAUCCUUAAGUGGUUCUCUCAGUUGGACGAAAUUGUUCGCCAACUCUACUACCUUAUAUCUACGACCUGGGGUGGGGGUUCCCGUGGUACCGAAAUCGAGAGACUAUUAUAUGCCAACAACGCCCGCAACACUCGAAACGUAUUCGUCAUAAAUGGGCUCCUCACAAUUGUCACCGAAUAUCAGAAAACGCAAUCCCUUACUGGGGCCGGGAAACUCAUUGCUCGAACCCCUGCCUUUCAAGUGAACCGACUUCUCAUUCUUGUUCUCGGAGUUGCCUUUUGGGCUGCUGGCUUUAUUGGCUGCUACAUUGGGAUGGAGAAGUCUCAAUGCCAACGAUACUUCUACGAAGUUUUCGUUGUUACAGGAAAGCCUAUGGAUAGCAAGGACUUCUCGAAGGUUCUUGGUUCUUUAAACGGCAUCCACCUCGGUAUAGAUCUCAAACUCCAAGACUUUCGGCAGCUUAUGUCUUGUUUACUUAUAUCCUCCACCUCGACAAGCUUCUUUGACCCGAGCGAUGAAGAUCCGAACGUUGUAGCUGCCCAUGAGUCCUUCGGACAUUCGCUGGACAUGGGUCGAUCUGGCUACGGAUUAGAUACAACUAGUGCUACUGGACUUGCCGCCGACGCGGUUGCGCACAUGCAGCAGGUUUGCUUGAAGUGGCAGGCGUUCAUCGGUAUGCUACAUCCUUUGCUAGACCACAAGACAGAUCGGGAACUUUACAAGGGCGUUAUGACCAACUCCUACUCCACCAACACCCUCAUAACCUCCCAAUUCCAAGAUCUCCUUACCUCUAUCUCAGAACGCUUUGACGGCUUUGAAAAUAGGACACGGCAUCUCAUCCGCAGCGAGAUUGAGUAUCUGGGUACGCAUAUCCUUGAACAAAUUCGAACAACUCGCGUUACCCCUUCCUACCGAAAUCCUCGUCGAGCCGCUGUUCAUCCAUCAGCUAGGGAAGCUCUCAAAGCUGUUCUUCGACGCAGGUACAACCCUUCCAAGGGAUUUACCAGCGCCGAGCAAGCCGAGCUUGUCAAUAGCGUUGGGAGUUCAUUACAUGUAUUUGGAAUUAUUGAGACUGGCGGAGGGAAGAGUCUCGCGUUCCUCGGCGCUCCAUUCUUAUUUCCUCACCACCUAUUCGUUGUUGUCAGCCCUCUUAUCGCUCUGACUCAAGAUUUGAGACGCAGACUCCUCGAAACAGGUAUUAACGGGGGAGUUUGGCAGGAAGAUUCUUACGAUGAGCACACAGCUCAGCUUGUCCUGGUUUCUGCUCACAAGGCAGGAACCGAUGAAUUCCAUCACUGGCUUACUUGUGAUGCAACUCGUGAGCGGCUCAAACGUAUUUUCAUCGAUGAAGCUCACAAGAUUGUGACUGAUUCUGACUUCCGGGCCUGUUUCAAACGUUUUCCCAAUCUCGUUCGUGCCUCUAUCCCCAUAACUUUCCUAUCCGGGUCUUUAAUGCCUCGAUCUAUGCCUGCUAUUCUUGAAGCAAUGGAGAUCUCCGACGUCGCGCUUGUGGACGAAAUUCGCCGUUACAGUGGACGGCCGAAUCUCAAAUACUCCGUGGAGAAGAUUGAACAGGAGGGGUACCUGGAGAAGAUUAGGGAGCUCCUGAGCAAUGAAACGAGAAAGAUGACGGAAGGCGACAGGGGUAUUCUCUUUCUUUCUACUUUGAAGGAGGCGAGGGAUGUCCGAGAUUCUUAGGGGUUAUUAGAGACUUCUAGGGGACAGACUAGGGGGCAAAUUAUAGGGGACAGCUAGGGGACAGCUAGGGUACAGCUAGGGUACAGCUGGGGGACAGCUAGGGUACAGCUGGGGGACAGCUAGGGUACAGCUAGGGAGAACUGGGGUAUAGCUAGAGAGAACUGGAGGGCAGCUGUGGACUACUAUAUACACUAAUUCCGGUGGAUACUUGGUCCGUGAAUUGAGCGCCUAUUUACUUCUUUUGGAAAUUAGGCGCCCAUUGCAACUCAGAUAAAGUAAUUCCCAUC